CGCGCGAUCUCUGGUCUGGUCCCGGAGACCAAACAUCUGGGUUUCGCCGUUGCUGGCCGGGCUUCUAUUCUCGUCAUUCGGGCGAGCCUCUUGACAGACGACGGAAAUCGUUUUGCGUUCCAUCUUUGCAGCAUCAGAGGGACGCACUAGCCAACAUUGGUUUAACCCUUUUCGUCCCAAAUCAACUCAACUCAACUUCAUCGACCGACCGACCUUGGGUUGUGGGUUGAAAGAGGGAGGGCACCAUGGCCGAAUGCUAACGGCGACGAGGCACACACGCCUCUUCUAAUCAUGCCCAACCGGUUUAGCCCUUGCGGAUCACGUCUGGGACAUUUAACCUUUUUCCCUUGUAUUUUUUUCGCCUUCCCCGAUAUUAUUGACAGCAUCCCUUGGGUAUGGACAUCGGUCACACACACACACAUAAACACAUAAACAUACACACCAGGAGCCAGUGCGCCCGCGCUGGCGAAUCGAAUCGCGCCCCCGGACGUGGGGACCGCUGCCGAUCUAUCUGUCGGGACUCGGGAGAUGCUUCUCCAGGGUCUUUGCCGGGACGCCCGCCGAGCGACGCCCACACCCACACAGAAACAAACAAACACGCACACGUGUGUAAGUCGUGGUGGUGGGCGGUCCCGCAGGAGGAGGAUUUGUCGCUUUUACCGCCGCCGCCCAGGGAAACGAGCAAUAUGUAAAAAGAGGCCGGGGGCUGCUCUUGAAUAGUAAACUCUUCGCUGCGGUCGUUUGGCCGGUAAGAAACAAAGUGGUCUUCUCGCCCGUGUGUUUUUACCAGCUUCGAGGCAUGUAAAAGUCCUCCCCUCCGACGUCCACCUGCCGUGGCAGAUCUGUACAAGAAUCAGACACUUCGGCCAAAAAAGUUCGUGCCAGUGGAGGCCCAUCUUCCCAAAGACCAUGGCGAGAGGUGUCAUUGCCGGGCUUCUCGCCCGCUCGCAGGCGCUGUCGCCGUCACCGACAAUGCCAGCCGAUGUGCUCAAGGAGAUUGACGACACCGACGUCCCCUUCUUCAUGGCGGGCAUCAUGCUGCCCCACGCCGUCUGCACGCUUCUCAUCCUGGCCCGCGUCGUCUCUCGCGUCUGGGUCCUCCGAAAGUGGUUCAUCGACGACACCCUCAUCAUCCUCUCCUGGCUCUUCUCCACGGCCCUAUGCAUUGUCUACGGCAUCACCGCCACGACGCCCUCGCUCCUCGGCGCCCCGCCCAACGAGGCCGCCGACGCCGCCCUGAAAGACGCGAACCCCUACAUCAUGCGCACCUACCUCGGCCUCAUCUACUACCAGCUCUGCCUGUGCCUCACCAAGCUCUCCAUCCUCGCCUUUUACCUGCGCGUCUUCGUCUCCCGCCAGAGGGAGCGCUACCUCGCCUGGGCCACCGUCGCCUUCGUGCUCCUGUACGGCGCGCCCAUGUUGCUCAUGAGCUUCCUCCAGUGCCACCCCGCCCCGGGCCAGUUCUUCGGCCAGCCCAUGAUGUGCUUCGGCUUCCCUGACCUGCUCAUCUCGAGCGCCAGCCUGCACUCCGCCACAGACGCCUGGCUGAUCCUCAUGGUCGUCCCCUGCGUCAUGAGGCUCGACCUGCCCCGCCGCCAAAAGGUUGCCCUUGGCUUCGUCAUGAGCCUGGGCGUCUUCGUCAUCGUCGCCAGCAUGAUCCGCCUGCAGCUUAGCCUGCACCUGCACUACCGCCCCAACAGCGCCGCCAUACGGAACACGCUGGGCUUCUUCGUCAUGACCGUCCUCGAGUGCGACAUCGCCCUCAUCUGCGCCAGCGCGCCCACCCUUCGGCCACUGCUGGCAAGGCUGUUCCCGGGGUUGGUGAACAGCGCCAAGAAGAAGUCGCUGGAGGCGGCCGACGGGCAGAGCUUCGACCUGACGAGCUUGACAUACCACGGGUACCCGUGGUCGACGUCGAGCACGCCAUUUACGAGAAGCAGGAACGCCAGUGUCGCGAGCCACCUGAACAAGACGCGAAUGCCAGUACCGCCGGUGCCGGCCCUGACCAUGGCCCAGCGCACAGCGACGACGCUGAGCCCGGGGAACUGGAUCGCGGGCACGGCGCCGCGAACCAGGGAUCGGCAUUGUGGAAACGACGGCAGGCCGAUGUCUGACGAGACGUGGGCAAUGAAGCGCAGCUCGUCCAUCUACUCGCAGGACUCGGCCUGGGAGGGGUUCGGCGAUGACGAUCUCGAGAGGCAGGGCGUCAUCCUCAAGACCAUGCGGGUGAGCCUCCACUCAGAAUAUAUAGCACAGACCGAUCUUGAUCUCGGGAGGACGGAGCCGUUGAAGAUCAACCGCAUGAGCCCCGCAUCUGGGCUCAGCGGCGACACCUGGGUCGCGGAUAGGAGCAGCUCGGGUACAAAGAAUGAAAGCAUCGAUGGGGCACUGGCGAACCGUGUACCCAAGGGAGAGGACAACGGCAAGCCUGAGGUUCCCCCGCGUAGUCCGUUGAGGGAUGGUCGGAGAUAGCGUCGAGCGUGAAAACAAAUAAACAAAAUAACGUGUCUAUUGAUCGUCUUCAUAAACCUCUCUCCAAGUACUUCUUCAAGUCUUUGCCCUGGGUUUCAAAUCUCUCUUUCAGAGUGCUUUGCCAGAACCAGAGAAGAGCGGCGCCAGGGAGGUAGAACGUCUCAUACGAUACCAUCCGCACCGAUCCGUUACCCAGGUCCGUCAGAAAGAUGGGGUGCUCCGCCGGCAAGAAGUAUCCGUUGAACCCGUCAUCAUUCCUCCAUGCGACCGCUGCUCGGACGCGGCCUUGACCAUCGGCAUCCUCGACAUCCGGUGCGAGCAGGGUGAUGAUCUCGUUCGAGGACGCGUUGAACCGCGGGAUGAUGCCAGCGCUGGUGAACUUGACUGGCAUUCCGUGAUAGACAUCAUCCGGGCCCUGGACAUCGGGUGGCGGAACGGCAUUGACGACGAAUGUGUUCCACUCGCUGUAGAGACCGAAGUCGAUGAGGGUAUCGUAGAUUGCUUGGAUGGGGACGUCGAGUAUAUCCUCGGCGCACACGGUGAAGAGCGCACGGGUGAGGUUGUACGUGGGCGUCGGGAGGAGGCCGCCGCUGCAGCGCAGCGAUGCGAGGGAGGAUAUGGAAGCCUGGGCGGUGACGGCAAAGAGCCAGGCGCUCGAGAAGAUGCGCAUCGUGGAGGAUGGAUGGCGUGUGAAGGAUGGCAUUGGUUUAUGUUGAGGCGGAGAAGGGUCAUGUCUAUGGUCGGUCAAUUGAGAGAGGGACUACGCUCUCUUGCAGACAGGGCUUCUCG